AUGCAAAUUGGUAUGAAAGAAAAUGCAAUCGAGUCUCGUAAAAAGAAUACAAUGGUGAUGAAUGUGGAAUAUCUGUCGAAGAGUGGAGAGGAUGUGAAAAGAGGGGCUUUGUUGAAAUUGAUCUUGCUCUUCGGUCUUGGGCUUGGGCUUGGUAUCUCAAAGACCGAAGCAGCACUUAUAUUUUGCGGUUAUUGGUAUUGUGUAGUAGGUAGUGAAGUGUGGUGUGUAGUGAAGUGUGGUGUAAGAGUUAUGGAAGGAAUGGAGGAAUGA